AUGUGUUUGUGUGUGUGUGUAAAACUUUUAUGGUGGAAAAGUUUGUAUUUGUCUAACAAAAAUUACAACAUUGUAUCAGUCUGUUUUAUUAUUAAUAUUAUUAAUGUUAUUAAUAUUAUUAAUUUAUUUCCUUCUAUUACGUGUAGUGGUUAUGAGGGUGUGAACUAUCAAUAUCACCACUAA